AUGGUUUUUCUGUUCUUCAUCAAUCACUUGUGCAACAAACAUACUUUCGAUUCAAACAGAAACCCACUUCGUCUAAUUUUUAACCAUCUUCAAGAUUUAAUUAUGAGUUUCAGAAGCAGAGCAUGGAUGGUGGCCGGAACUGUCGGAGUUGUGGAAGCCCUCAAAGAUCAAGUCUUUGCACGAUGGAACACCACCAUCAGGGCAGUCCACCACCACGCCAAGUCCAAUCUCCGAUCAAUUUCUCAGAUCAAGAAGUUAUCUUCGCCGGCAGCCAUGACUUCAGGCGGAAGUUUAGAAGAAAGGGCGCAGCAAUCAGAUGAAUCGUUGAGAAAAGUCAUGUAUUUGAGCUGUUGGGGUCCCAAUUGA